AUGGAUCUGUUUAAGUGUAAAUAUCUUCCUCAUGAAAAUGAAGAAGUUAUUGGAUUUUGUUUGAAUUGGGAUUGUUAAAAUACAACUCAAUAUUGUUUUGAAUGUUUAAAUACUAAAGAUUCACCACAUUCACAACAUUUCAAUGAUUGUAUUAGAUUCACAAAAAUGAUCUAAUUUAUGAAAGAAUUGAUACAAGUUAAUAAUCAGUUAAGGAUAUAAUUCAAAGAUGUCUAUAUACAAUUAUAGAACAAUGUUGCAAAAAUUUAAAAACAUUUGGAUCAAGAAAUUAGUACAUUAGAAAAUAUGACUCAACAGCUUUAAAACAAAGAGUAUUUGGCUUGUAAAUCAUAAAUACUUAUAAUAAAACAGUUGUAUUCGAAGGAAAAAGAAAAUUGCAAAUGUAUCUUUUUUUAUUCAUAUAUAUUAAUAAUAGAAUAACAAAUAAUACAAUUCAAUAAUAUUCUUGAUACAUUAAAGAAGAUGUUAGCAGACUAAACUAAAAUGGAAGAAUAAAUAGAUUCUGGUUGUCAAAAGGAUACUAUAGUUAAUUAAUAGAGUGAAGAUCAAAAAAACUAGUUGAAUUUUGAAGAUGCUCAAAGAUUAUUAAAUCAAGGUAUAUUAAUUUGAUUUAUUAUAGGAGUGGCAUUAAGUAAUCUAAAAAAAUAUUAGGAAGCAAUUGAGUGUUACGAUAAAGCUAUUUCCAUAAAUCCUAAAUAGGAUUUAGCAUGGAACAAUAAGGGUAAGUAAUGUGACACAUUAUUAUUGUUUAGGCAAUUCAUUAAAUAAUCUAAAUAAGUAUGAGGAAGCAAUUGAGUGUUACGAUAAAGCUAUUUCCAUAAAUCCUAAAUUGGAUUUAGCAUGGAACAAUAAGGGUAAGUAAUGUGACACAUUAUUUUUGUUUAGGCAAUUCAUUAGAUGAUCUAUAUAAAUAUUAGGAAGCAAUUGAGUGUUACGAUAAAGCUAUUUCCAUAAAUCCUAAAUUGGAUUUAGCAUGGAACAAUAAGGGUAAGUAAUGUGACACAUUAUUAUUGUUUAGGCAAUUCAUUAAAUAAUCUAAAUAAGUAUGAGGAAGCAAUUGAGUGUUACGAUAAAGCUAUUUCCAUAAAUCCUAAAUUGGAUUUAGCAUGGAACAAUAAGGGUAAGUAAUGUGACACAUUAUUAUUGUUUAGGCAAUUCAUUAAAUAAUCUAAAUAAGUAUGAGGAAGCAAUUGAGUGUUACGAUAAAGCUAUUUCCAUAAAUCCUAAAUUGGAUUUAGCAUGGAACAAUAAGGGUAAGUAAUGUGACACAUUAUUAUUGUUUAGGCAAUUCAUUAUUUAAUUUAAAUAAGAAUGAAGAAGCAAAUGAGUGUUGCCACUAAGCUAUUUCCAUUAAUCCUAAUAAUGAUGCAGCUUGGAAUAAUAAGGUUAAAACUAUAUAUAUUAAGAAUCUUCUAUAGUUCUAACUAUUUAAGUAGAGUUUUCUCCUACUUAUCUUUUAAUCGUCUCCUUUCUAAUGUUUUUAUCCAUCAAUAACCGGCUUCUUAAUAUUUGUAAACAAAUUGAAAGAGUUUAAAUAUGGUUUAACAACUAAAUUACCCAUUUUAUGA